AUGAUUCGAAAGAUCUAUGAUUUUCUGCUGCAGCAUGACGGAGAGAAUUGUGUGCCUGAAAGAGUUAUCAGGUCGCCUACCAAGCAAGACUUCAUUUAUAUGUUCGAGAGCAUCUACCAGCACUUAAGUCCUAAUUUGCAGAUCAAAAAUGUGCACGAAGAGUGUAGUAAAAAUCGUCGUGUGGAAAUAGUAGACAUAAUGUUAACCUUUUAUUUGCUGCCUUCUGUAAUUUUUCACGGCAAGGUGCCAGCGAUUUUCCGGGAACUUGGUUAUCCAACUGCGAUCAGACCAAGUACGAUGCAAACCAUCGGUGCGUCACACACAUGGCCCAACUUACUUGGUGCGCUGACAUGGCUUAUUGAAGUAGUCGAGAAAGGAAGCUUGGAAAGUCUUCGCGAGGACAUUGCUCAAUUGGACGACGAUAUUAGCAAAGCUACUCAUUACAAAGAGGAAACGGAACGGGAUGUAAACCGACUAGCGGAAGAAAAUAAUGUCGUGCAAAAAGAACUGGAAGGUGUUGCUAAGACAAUGAGUGAAGGACAGUCGCGUCUUGCUGAGCUUGAGGAACUAACGAAAGUUCAGGAGGAAAGUACUGGCCUUCGCAGUAACGAAGCUCGGGAACUUAUGGCCGAAUUUGACCAGGCACCUUAUUUUGACAUACGCAACAAGCUUACUAUGAGGAAACUGAAAGACGAGUUGGAUUACCUAUGUAAGCAGCAUUGGUUGGCCGUUCCUAAAAGCAAACGCGCAUUUGCCGAGCAACAUGAUCGCUAUCACAAGCUCAUGCUAAGUAUCAAGAAUUUUCACAACUUUGCGCAUUGUGAAGAUGCAUUCAUGAUGGACGACAAUGUGGAAGAUGAAAGGGCUCUACAUGCCGCCGUAUCGAACGUCAAAGCCCUCCUCGGAGCCAUUGAGACGGGAUUUGUGCAGCGAAAAUGGGAUAUGGCACAAGUCAUAAGACAAUCUAUAUUCGAAUUAGAACCUAUAAAACAAGAAUACAACGUGGUAUGUGGUAAAUUCCGUCAGAGACAACGAAUGGAAUCGCGUGCAGAUCGACAGAGGGAGCGAGACCGAGAGGAUUGGAACAAAGAUUUGAUGGCUGCAGAAGCUGAUUUGGCUGAGAAGCAGUCGAAAAUAAGUGAGGAAGUGUCAUCGAGAUUCCAUCUAAUCGUUAGUGAUCUUGAUAAGAUGAAUGAAGCUCGAGACUGGAUGAUGAGGACGAUGAAAGGCUUCUGCGACAUCAAGUUUCCCACCGACGAAGGGUUGCUUGAAGAUUAA